AUGUGUGUGUACAUUUACUGUUUCAAAUUUCAGGAAGGAAUAUGGAAUGAUCUAGAGAAGCAGUUCGAGAAGUUAAUGGAGCGCUUAAGUGGGGAUACUCCUGAAAUAUCAGCUCUGUGUAGUGAAAUAGACAACACCAAAGGUAUAUGGAACACCGUUAAAAAGGAGAUGUGUAAAGCUCUCAUAAAAAUAAAAUUCUUCAUGAGUGGAAUUAAAGGAAAUAAAAUAGUGGGGGGGAGGGCGAAAGUAGAACACUUGGGAGAAGUAGAAUCUUAUUUCAGGUGUAUAGUUGGAAGUAUGACUAUGGUAAAUUUAUAUAAGCGACACUGUAAGUUGAAUGAAGUUGCAGAGUACAUAGUGAAGCCGAUGGAAGCAGCUCAAGGGAUGUGGAAAGAAUUAACAGAACAUGAGAAAUGCAGAACACUACCAUUCAGUGGGAUGAAAAUAGGGAAAGAAUUUAUAGGAAAUAAAGUAAAUGAAUGGUUAGAAAAGAGGAAAAGUGGCACUCAAAUGUAUACAACUAUAAUGGGGAAUACAGGGUGUCAGGGAGGACAGCAGGGUAGGAACAUGCAAGGUGUCGUCCAAUUAUUAGGAAGGAAGGAUGAAACUGAACUACAGGAUUUUAAUGAUGAUAGUAAGAAUUUGCCAGAAGGAAAGUUGGAAGAAGUGUUAACAAAAAUGGAUGAAGUAAAUAGGAAGAGGAAAAAACCGAGCGACUGCUUAAAGGAAAGCGGUGGAAAAUAUGAAGAGGAAGAGGAAUUGCGCAUAACAGAAUGGUUCACGGCGUUCUCCAAUAACCCAACGGAAGAUGAUGCUAUUAAUUGGAUCGAAUUCGAAGCCGCAAGGGCACUGUGCGAGAGAAGUGACAAUGAAUACAAGUAUGAUGCAGAUAAGUAUAAAGGUUUCUGUGAAGUCAUGGUAAGGAAUAUAAUGUUAGUAACAAAUAUUGAAAAUCAGUACAAAGCAAAACAGACAAAAUGUAAGAACACUGUGAAGGAUAUUCCUCUCUGUGACUUACUGAAGGUGUGGAUGUCUUAUAUGGAUAAUUUCUGCGCUCCAAGGAGUGUGAUGAAGUAUGCCUUUGAAGCUGUAGAGAAUAUAAAAGGAACGUUUGUAGGGGGCUCGGAAUAUACAGAAUGUAAAUAUGAAAGUUUCAAUAAUCUUUACAGGGAUGGGGAGGAUAUGCUGCCAAAAUUGUGGGAAACAAUGAAGAACAGUGUUCUCAGUAAUGAACUAGGAAGAGUACAAAAAAAAAAAUGGUGCGACGAAAGUACAAGGAAUUAUACUAAGGGGUUAAUAAAUAAUGCAUCCCAUACACGCAAUGAUAAGAGUGUUGAUGAUGGAAUAUUGAACAGUAAUCCGGAACUACAGAAAUUAAAGAGUACUAUUGUACAAAUUGAGAACAAAGUGAAGAAAGAGGAAGAGGAAGAUCGGAAGGUCCUGCAGGACGCCCUGCAGAAAGCCAUACAGGAAAGUAAACCACAAACACCACCACCAGUUAGUCAACAAGGUGAUGACUGCACCAAGGAAACUGUCUUAUGUAAUCGCGUAGACUGCGUAACAAAGAAAUGGGGUGUAAACAAUGGUCAGACGGUAACCUGGGAAAACAUGAAGGUGGACAUUAACACGGAGGCCACAAAAAUGUUUAAUAAAAUAUCUACAAAAAGCAAAGGUAUUCCAGGUUACUGUAGUAGUACAGAUCAAAAUAGUAGAAGAGUCACUGACUCAGAGAAAAAAGCAUGUAAGUACAUCACUUCAGGAUUACAGUACAUAUACGAAGUUCAAGAGGAAGAUGGAGAUGAAACGCGCAAGAAAGACAACAGGCAUUUUAAGCAAAUUAUGUUAUGCUUAGUUCUAAACGCCUAUGCGGACAAAUUAAUACAGGAGGUUAAAUCUCCCUGUAAGGCCGGGGAAGAUACAAUAGAGCAAGCAUUUGAGGAAGGAAAUAAAAACAUAAAUUCCAGGUGUAAGGAUGGACCCGAUAAAUGUGUUAAGUGUGAAAGGGUUAAAGACUUUAAGAAUUGUAAUGUGGGUGGAACAGAUGUGAAGGAAAAGUUGAAGACAAUACUGAACGAGAAUAAUCCGCAAAUAACGCAAACUCUAACUACUCUAAAUGAUAUAAAUAAGAACUUAUGUGAUCGUGCACAAUGUAAAGAAAUUUGGGAAGAUGAGGACAUGGGGAAUAUACUGCAGGAACUGUCUGUAGCUAUAAUUAAAGGAAAUGGAGCUGACUCCGGUAUAUGUGAAAAAAUUGAGGAUGGAAAUAGUACACCUUUAGGAGCAAAUAAAACGGCUUGCAAAUACAUUACUACAGGAUUAAGGCAUAUUUAUAGCAUUAAGGUGGAAGGCAGUGAUAUCGACGCGAGCAAAAAGAAUAACCAACAAUUUAGGCAAACUAUGGCCUGCCUAGCAUUAAAUGUAUUCGCAAAUGAAAUACUGAAGGAAAAGAACUGUGUCAAUGUAGACAAAAUAAAAAAAGCUUUUGCGGAUGGAGGAAGUCCUUAUAAGGAAUUGUGCAACAGUGAUGAUAAUUGUGAAAAAUGUGAGUGGGACGAUUGUACAAAGUUUAAAAUUGGAACCAAAAACCAACGGGAUAGAAUAAAAGGGGAACUCGAAAAGAAUAAAGACAUAACGCAAGCUCUAAAUGCCAUAACUAACAUAUGUCAACCUGACGUUAAACCUGCUGCUGCCAAACCAGCCGCAACAAAACCAGCAACUACGAAACCCGGAACUACUGACAAUUCAACUUCCCAAAGUGUACCAGGUAGGUCUGAGGAACCUCCCGUUGCACCAACAGCAUCAUCAAUUCCAGUGGAACCCGAACCUAAGAAGGAAUCUAAUGAGGACGGCACUGCCUGCAAUACUUCCAAUUCUGAGUUUGGUGUUAAAAUUUCUUGUGGCAAAGCUUCCGGACCAGGUCUUGAUGAUCCCGUUAUUCCUGCUGGUACCCGAGUAACAGUGGAGGACCCCCCUGGACAACCGCCAGCUGCAAAGGCAGGUUCCGGUUCACAGGUCCCAACAGAAACAAAGGAAAUUGAUGCUAAAACCAAGAAAGUUGUUCCACCGAGUCCGGUUGUGGACAGUGCUGGUGAUGGCCCACCUGCAGUCCCUGGAGGUGUCCCUGGUGGUCCAGCUGGCACCCAAAGUGCCGAAGUCUUAGACGAAUGUCAAAAGGGGGAUGUGCAUUCGAAGAAGGAAGACUUUUUUGAAAUUAUGGUUCAAGAAUUUAUGGGACGUGAGUCCAUAAAAGGACAAACGGUUCCUGAGGAAGAUGUUCCUAAGGAAGAAGAUUCUAAGGAAUGUGUUCCUAAGGAACAGAUUCCGGGUUUAGGGAAGGAAGAGUUUGUUCUUGAGGAAAGUGUUCCUGUGGAAGAUGUUCCUAGGGAGCAGGUUCCAAGUUCAGAUUCCGGGUUUAGGAUGUAG